AUGUACACCCCAACUAUGCCACACAGCCCCGUCGCCUCACCCCCCCCCCUGCCCCCCGCUGCAUGCGCCUGGAGGCGGCUCUCUCCUGCUGCUGAGGCGGGAGCUGCUGCUGCUCCCAGCAGCCUGCUGGAGGGGUGGCUGCAGCAGCAGCAGCAGCAGCAGCAGCAGCAGCAGCAGCGGCAGCAGCAGCAGCAAACCAACGCCGCUGCAACAAGACCUCAGCAAGCACAGCAUACAAACAAACACCACAAACACAACCCCCUCCUUCUACAUGCUGCAGCAGCAGCACACGACGCACCAAUAAGCCUAAACCCGCUUCUUUCCUCUGCAGCAACACCAGCAGCCGCAGCAGCAGCAGCAGCAGCAGCAAACGACGCCGCAGGCUUAUCGUCGACAGACCCUCAGCAAGACAGCACUCCAGCAGCAGCAGCAGCAGCAGCAGCAGCUCCUGCUGCUGCUGCUGCUGCUGCAGGGCUUGAUGUUGGGAGGAAGUUGCAGCUGUUUGUUGCUGCAGUGCGCCUGCGCAAGAAACGCCAAGAAUAUGAUAGAAAACGCAGACAAAGUCUCCUCGCACUCUUACAGCAGCAGCAGCAGCAGCAGCAACAGCAGCAGCAGCAGCAGCAGCAGCAGGAGCAGGAACAGCAGCAAGAGGGAGCAGGUGGUGCUUCACCUGGGGGCGCUGAGGGGCCCCUGGUUGGGCCUCAGGGGAGCGAUGCCCCGCAGCAGCAGCAGCAGCAGCAGCAGCAGCAGAGACGCACCUCAACAGGCGCACCAGCUCGCCGCAAAUCAUACCGGUGGAAAUGGGGUAAGGCUAAAACAGCAGCAGCAGCAGCAGCAGCAGCAGCAGCAGCAGCAGCAGCAGCAGCAGCAGCAACAGCAGCACAGCAGCAGCAGCAGCAACAGCAGCAGCAACAGCAGCAGCAGCAGCAGGAGCAGGAACUGCAGCAAGAGGAAGCAGGUGGUGCUUCACCUGGAGGCGCUGAGGGGCCCCUUGUUGGGCCUCAGGGGAGCGAUCCCCCGCAGCAGCAGCAGCAGCAGCAGCAGCAGCAGCAGAGACGCACCUCAACAGGCGCAUCGGCUCGCCGCAAAUCAUACCGGUGGAAAUGGGGUAAGGCUAAAACAGCAGCAGCAGCAACAGCAGCAGCAGCAGCAGCAACAGCAGCAGCAGACGGAGGACCCCUUUCUUGCUGCAGCAUUGGGGGGCCCCCUUCCCUCUCAGCAGCAAACACCUGCUGCAGCGAGGGGGGCCCCCCAAACCCCGAAGAAGCAGAGAUGGACAGCAGCACGGGGGGCCCCCCCUCAUUAGCUAGCUGGAGGCUGCAGCAGCUGCUGCAUGCAGAAGAGGAAACAGCAGUGGGUACGAUCCACUAUAUGGCUCCAGAGGUCGCGCUGGGGGGCCCCCUAAUACACCCCAAAACCACCAACCAACAGGGGCCCCCAGGGGGCCCCCAAUCCCCCAUCAAACCAGGCAAACACGGGGGCCCCCAGAGGGGCCCCCAAGGGGGCCCCCAGCAAUCACAGGGAAAGAACCAGGAGGAACCUCAAGCAGAGCCCCAAAAGGGGGCCCCAGAGGGGCCCCCAGCGGGGCCCCCAGCGGGGCCCCUCUGGGGGCCCCCAGAGGGGCCCCCAGAGGGGCCCCCGGAAGAGCGCCAAGAGGGGCCCCGAGAGGGGCCCCUAGAGGGGCCCCCACAAGAGGGGCCCCCUCAAGAGUGGCCCCUAGAGGGCCCCCCAGGGGGGCCCUCAUGGGGGCCCCUAGGGGGCCCCGCAGGGGGCCCCCUAGGGGGGCCCCCAGGGGGGCCCCCCGAUGAGGAUUUGUUGGAGAUGUGUAGGAAAGGGGAUUGGUGGAGUGUGGGGGCUGUGCUGUAUGAAUGUUUGUUUGGGUUUCCUCCCCUGGGGCGUUUCUGUUUGGGGGGCACCAGGGGCCCCCCAGGUGAUAGAGAGAAAGAGAGAGAGAAAUGGAGAGCAGCAGCAGAUGCAGCAGCAGCAAUAGAUGCAGAUGCAGCAGCAGCAGCAACAGGGGAAGGAACAACAGAAACAGCUGCAGCAGCAGCAGCAGCAGCAGCAUCAGCAGCAGAUGAAGCCCCAGCAUCAGCAGCAGCAACAGCAGCAGCAGAUGAAACAUCAGCAACAGCAGCAGCAGCAGCAGAUGAAACCCCAGCAUCAACAGCAGCAGCAGCAGCAGCAGAUGAAACAUCAGCAACAGCAGCAGCAGCAGCAACAGGAGCAGCAGCAGCAGCAGCAGCAGCAGAUGAAACCCCAGCAUCAACAGCAGCAACAGCAGCAGCAGAUGAAACAUCAGCAACAGCAGCAGCAGCAGCAGCAGCAGCAGCAGCAAGUGCUGCAUGCGUGGAGGUGGUGAACAACCCCGAGUUGGUGGUUUGCAUGCUCAGAAAUUUCGCAGAUUUCAUCGCUCUGCCUCCUGCCCCUUUUGUUGCUGUCUCCACCCAGCAGCAGCAGCAGCAGCAGCAGCAGCAGCAGCAGCAGCAGCAGCAGCAGCAGCAGCAGCAGACAGUGUCGUUGGAUGCUAUUGACUUGCUGCGUAAUUUGUUGUGUGCUGCUGAGCGUCGUUUUGGUUAUAAAGAAAUACAGAAACACCCCUGGACCUGUACAUACACCGCAAACGAGACACCGCUGCUGUCUCCUCCCUUCAGCAGCAGCAGCAGCAGCAGCAGCAGCAGCAGCAGCAGCGGCAGCAGCAGCAGCAGCGGCGGCAGCAGCAGGAGAGACGAAGCAGGGUGGAGAGAAGAUGCAGAGUGGAGCACAGAGAUAAAGGACAUUGCAGCAGUUGCUCCAGUCGCUUUCCCUCCUGCUGCUGCUGCUGCUGCUGCUGCUGCUGUUCCUGCUGCACCUGCUGCUGCUGCUGCUGCAGCAGCAGCAGCAGCAGCAGCAGAGACAGCCUGGAGAACAGAUUUCCGUUUCGUUGGUUUUGAGUUUAAUGCGGAACAACGCGAAGCUGCUGCUGCGCUGCAGCAGCUGAAAGCAACGCUGAAGCAGCAGCUGCAGCUGCAGCAGCAGCAGCAGCAGCAGCAGCAAGAGCAGCAGCAACAACAGUAG